GUGAUUUAUUGGAAGCGAGUAUUUAGGGAUGGGUUACAAUUUCCCAAGAGGAUUAUCUUCAUUCUACAUCAAACUUUAUCAGGUUGUUGAUGAUCCUUCAUCUGAUGCAAUCAUCUCAUGGAGCGAAGAAAGCAACAACAGUUUCACUAUCUGGAAUGUUGGAGAGUUUUGCACAACGAUCCUGCCUAAUUAUAGAGAGUUUGGUAUAAACUUCUCGCGGUUUUUCUCCAAGCUUCGGCCUCAUGGCUUCCAAAGAGUUAGAGGAAUGCCUGGACUUAUGGAAUUUGGACAUGAAGAUUUUGUCAGAGAUUCACCGGAGCGUUUGAAGAAUAUGGCGGUCGAAUCUUUGUCUGCUAAACGUAGAGCAAAGAGAGCUGCUAAAGCCAAAGCCAAGAAAGCUAGAGUUCAAGUAGAGUGUCUCUUGCAACACUUGCGAAUUUGAUCCAUAAAACAUCAUCUCGUCUUUGCUUUUAUGUUUCAUCUAUUGCCAUUCUGUAUAUUUAUCUUUAAGUAGAUUCAAGUCCAAGAUUUAUCUUUUAAUGCCCUAGUCUUUGAUCCUACUCUUACAUACUUAUGAUGGUGGCUUCUCUUCUUUAUAGUCUUAUGAUUCAUAAC